GACCUUUCUUCUUCUUCCCCCGAUCUUUCCCCCAAUUUUAGUCUCUUUACUCUUUCUUAUUCCAGAAAGAAAAUCCCUAAAAUUUUUCAUUUUGUUCUAUUUCAAAUAUUGAUUUUAUUUUUUUUUUUGGGUUUCUCGAUUUUUCCAAUAAAAUUCGCAGCUUUGCGCAAGCUGCGAUUUUUGAAGAUGUCGGAGAAGUUCUCGCCGACGCUUAGAAUCGGAGAUCUCAGUGAUUUUAUUGCACCCUCUCAGGCGUGUGUCGUUUCUCUCAAGGGACUUAAAUCAACCGCCAAGAAACCAGAUAACCCUCAGGUAGGUAGUUAUAGCUCUAAUCCGAUUUUGCGCUCAAUUUUCUUCUUUCUGUCUUUUGGGUUUUCUAAAUUUUUUUCAAAGUUUCAGUCUUUAGCUUAUAAUUUUUGUUCAGGAUGUUGAAGUAAUGGCACUGUAAUCCUGUGGUUUAGCUUUUCUAGGAUUGAGAUUACAUUUCUUUGUUGAAGGUUUUUUUUUUUUUUUUUAAUGAUUUUUGGUGAAGGUUUCAAGUACAAGUAAUCAACAAACUGAACCGGUGAAAAUUUCACUCAAGGACUGUUUGGCAUGCAGUGGGUGCAUAACAUCAGCAGAGACUGUGAUGCUGGAGAAACAAAGUUUAGAUGAAUUCCUUACUAAUAUUAAUAAAGGAAGGGCUGUUAUCGUUUCCCUCUCUCCACAGUCAAGGGCCUCCCUUGCUCUUCAUUUUGGCAUCUCUCCACUUCAGGUUUUUAAGAAACUCACAACCUUUUUGAAGUCUUUGGGCAUAAAGGCUGUGUUUGAUACCAGUUGUAGCAGAGACUUAACGCUCAUUGAAUCUUGUAAUGAGUUCAUUACUCGAUAUGGACAAAGCCAAACAUCUGAUGGUGAGAAAAGUAAAUGCUCGAUGCCGAUGCUCUCAUCAGCAUGUCCAGGUUGGAUAUGCUAUGCUGAAAAGCAGCUUGGAUCUUACAUUCUGCCUUACAUAUCUUCCGUUAAGAGUCCUCAGCAAACAAUAGGAGCUAUCAUUAAGUGCCAUUUAUGCCAAACAAUGGGAUUCAGGCCAGAGGAGGUUUACCAUGUCACUAUAAUGCCCUGUUAUGAUAAGAAGCUUGAGGCUGCCAGAGAGGACUUUGUUAUUCAAGUGGAAUCUGGAGAUGCAUUCCACGCAACUGAAGGUGUGAGGAUUACAGAGGUAGACUCAGUCUUGACAUCUGGGGAAGUCUUAGAUUUGAUACAGUUGAAAGGAGUUGAUUUUAAAGCCUUAGAAGAGUCACCCCUAGAUAGAAUGUUGACAAAUGUUUCUGAAGAAGGGCAUCUUUAUGGGGUCCCUGGAAGCUCUGGAGGUUAUGCAGCAACAAUUUUCCGAUAUGCUGCUAAAACCCUCUUUGGAAAAGAAAUUAAGGGCCCAUUGGACUACAGAAUCAUAAGAAAUGCAGAUUUCCGAGAAUUGACUCUGGAAGUGGAUGGUAAAGUGGUGUUGAAAUUUGCACUAUGUUAUGGCUUCCAAAACCUGCAAAACAUUGUGAGGAAAGUUAAAAUGGGGAAAUGUGAUUAUCAGUUUGUGGAGGUUAUGGCAUGCCCUUCAGGUUGCCUGAAUGGCGGAGGUCAAAUCAAACCAAAGCUGGGGCAAUCUCCAAAGGAGUUGAUCAAGUCAUUAGAAGCCAUCUACAUGGAAAAGGUUUUGGAAGCUGAUCCCUUUGACAACCCUAUUGUAAAACGUUUGUAUGAUGAGUGGCUUCAACAACCUGGUUCAGAGAAAGCUAAGAAGCACAUGCACACAGAAUACCACCCUGUGGUGAAAAGUAUCACUGCUCAGUUGCACAAUUGGUAGAAUUGGACUAGUUCUGGUUAUCCAACCGUGGAUACUCCCUGAGUUAUCAUUUCCUGUCAGCGGUGUGUUCUUCUGAGGCAUCGUAGCAAUCUUGAACACAAAACCACAUUACUGCUUUUUUUGCUUCCUCGUCCUGGGAGCCCAAUUUUGAUAUAGUAAAGAGAGAAUUUUGUUUAUUUUCACCUUGUUCUCUCCUGUAAAUGCUCUGUAUUAGAAGAUCAAAGAGAUAGAAGAAAGAAUUAAUUUAUGUACUCUUUGUAACCCUUCUCUUGAUUCUUAUUAUUAGUUUCAAAAUAAAGUCCCCUUUUUUCCUUAUGCAUAUUUUUUCCUAUCUUUCAGUUUGACCCCUAGCUUUUUCAAAGAUGUUAUUAUUGUUCUUGUAUGGUAGAAAAGGCAUAUACUCUCGAUUUC